AUGAUCAACCAAAGCUUUCAUUUGAGAGGGNUUUCCCAAAUCAACCAUCGAAACGUGGUCAAGCUCUUAGGGUGCUGUUUAGAGACCCAAGUCCCAUUGUUGGUCUACGAGUUCGUCACCAACGGCACCCUCUUCGAUCACAUUCAUGACACUACCAAACACGUCCCACUUUCUUGGGAAGCUCGCUUGAGAAUCGCUUCGGAAACAGCCGGUGUCAUUUCGUAUUUGCAUUCUUCAGCUUCUAUUCCCAUCAUCCAUAGAGAUAUCAAGACCACCAACAUACUUUUAGACGAUAAUUACACUGCAAAGGUCUCUGAUUUUGGUGCUUCCAAGUUGGUUCCUAUGGAUCAAACUCAGCUAACCACGCUCGUGCAGGGGACUCUUGGGUACUUAGACCCUGAGUACUUAUUGACGAGCGAGUUAACUGAGAAGAGUGACGUGUAUAGCUUUGGAAUUGUGCUUCUGGAGCUUAUAACGGGAAAGAAAGCGGUGAGGUUUGAUGGGCCGGAAGAAGAUCGAAACCUAGCCAUGUAUGUCCUUUGUGCAAUAAAAGAAGAGCGUUUUGAAGAAGUGGUGGAGAAGGGAAUGGUGAGUGAGGCAAACAUGGAGCAAAUAAAGGAAGUGGCUAAGGUAGCAAGAGAGUGUGUAAGAAUCAAAGGGGAGGAGAGGCCGAGCAUGAAGGAGGUGGCUAUGGAGUUGGAGGGGCUGCGAGCAACGAAGGGUGAGCAUUCAUGGGCCAAUGAUAGCCUAUCCGCCGCACAAGAGUCGAGCCCAUUUGUUGAGAGUGGAAGUAAGGGCGCUGUGGAUGAUAGCAUGAAGCUGGAAUUGCCACAUGUCGAACAUGGUAGAUGA